UGAGAGCCUUUCCCAGGUCUGAACCAAACUUGCAACAAAUUCUGAAUAACACCGGACCCGACACUUCGGCACCCUAAAAAGCUGUCGUGAAGCUGGAGGGGUCAUAAGACUCCAGUUGGGGUGGCUGUUGGCCACUGCAUUCCUCCGUUUUCUUACACCCUUCGCUCCUUCCCUAAUCGCCAAUUUUUUGAAAUUGAUCUACCAGAAGUCUCGCGCUCAUCGUCCUGCGCCGCGUGGGAUGCACCACGACAUGCAACAUGGCUCGGACGCCAUCGAGCCCGAUUCCUUGGAGGUCGAUUCAACAUACGCCGAGUCGUUGGGUGACGCAAGCUAUACCACAAGUAUCACAUCAACUGCACUAAAUUAUCAAUAUGAGAACGGUCGCAGAUACCACUCCUACCAUGAAGGCGAAUAUAUCCUGCCCAACGAUGAGCGAGAACAAGACCGUCUUGAUCUGAGUCACCACAUUUAUUUGAUGCUCCUCAAAGGGGAGCUUCAACUCGCUCCAAUAAGAAGCCCAAGGAGGGUUCUAGAUCUUGGUACAGGCACGGGGAUAUGGGCGAUCGAUUUUGCCGACGAACAUCCGGAAACAGAAGUAAUUGGAAUCGAUUUGAGUCCCAUUCAACCAUCAUGGGUACCGCCAAAUUGUCGCUUUGAAAUUGACGAUUUUGAACAACCGUGGUCAUACAGCCAACCGUUCGACUUCAUCCAUGGACGCGAGCUAGAGGGUGCUAUCCGCAAUCACGACACAUUAUUCCAACAAGCCUUCCAGUAUUUGAAUCCAAAUGGAUGGUUUGAAAUGUCCACGAUCGAAGUCAAUACCUAUUCCGAUGACGAUACCCAUCUCAAAGCAACGAAUAUGCUCGAGAGUGUAACGCAAUUACACGCAGGAUCAAAGAUGUUCGGAAAGGAAAUGGCAUCCGUCUUCACCUGGAAAGAGAAGAUGGAGAAGGCCGGGUUCAUUAACGUCAGAGAAGAAAUUUUCAAGCUUCCACAAAGUCCGUGGCCCAAGGAUCCCAAGCUGAAAGAGCUGGGACGAUAUCAUCAACUUAACAUGUUGGAGGCUAUGCCCACUUACAGUUAUGCGCUAUUCACACGCAUGCUUGGAUGGGAUCGAAUAGGGAUCGAAGCGCUUUUGGCAGGUGUCCGCCACGAACUAAAGGAUUUGUCGAACCAUUUGUAUUCAAAAGUACAUAUGGUGUAUGGGCAAAGACCAGAAUGACUUUUAUCAUGGCUCCAAGAUGUACAUAAAAUUAAUCCAGAGCAACGAAAAUCUACC